AUGUUACGCAUUGCUCACCAAGAGCGUGGUAUUCUCACCUUUUCAUUUGAUCCUACAAAAUCAUCAUCCAGAAGUCUAGAGCUCCUUGGCACAGCCCAAGCCGGUGUCAGACCGGGCUGGUUGCAUGCACGCAACAAUUUGGUCUAUUCUGUGUCGAGAACGAAUUAUCCUAACAACUCUUCAAGCUCUGGAGGGGUGUUUUCCUUCGAUAAACAUGUUGAAGAUCCUGGCGCUUUGAGUCUUGUUACAUCUCAAUCCUCAAAUGGUUUGGGUGGCGUUUUUUGCGAUAUUACUAGGGACGGCAGGACAUUAUCUACGGCUAAUAUCGACGGCUCGAGUGUGGCUAUCUAUCCUUUGCGAUCGCCUGGUAUAAUUGGCGACCCUACGUUUGUCUUCAACUACAACCUCACCCACCCAGGGCCAGGAACCGACGACUCUCAGAUCCAAAGCAACCCACAUGCUACCGCCUUCGAUCCUACUGGAGAAUAUAUGUUUGUACCGGAUCGAGGUGCAGACCACCUCUACGUCUACCAUAUCGACGGGCCAGAACGGGUAACCCAGAUCAACAACAUAACCCUUGAGCCGGGAACGGGACCUCGCCAUGUCACAUUCCGAGAAUUCAAUCGCACACGAACAUUUAUGUAUCUCGUUAGCGAACUGGACAACACCAUCAGAGUAUUCACUCUCGACGGCGUCAACAACGAUGGUCGUCGCCCCCGCUUACAUUCGUCUCUAAAAGUCGCUCUGGUUCAAAUAGUCUCAACCCUUGGCCCUGGCUCAAGCCGCUCAGAGCCAAAUAAUGUCAAUUUGGCCGCGGAAAUGGCUCUCACAAACGAUGGGAAGUUUUUCUAUGUCUCGAACCGCAACACCGUGUCAUACAACUCCGACACACUUGCCAUCUACUCGGUUCACCCGGGUGAGUCGGAGCAUCUCGUCUAUAUUGGGAACACCCCGACGUACGGCAAGAUUCCGAGGCAUUUCUCGCUCUCUCCAGACAACCGGUUUAUUGCAGUUGCCAACCAAGUAUCUAACAACCUAAUCGUGUUGGAGCGCGACCAGGCGUCUGGAUUUGUGAAAUCGACGGUUGGCAAUGUCACACUGGGUGACUUUGACCUUACACAGAAUCUGGGGCCGAUGGCUGUGGUUUGGGAUACUCACUUCAGUUAG